ACGCUGUCAGUAUACACGGAGCUGGUGGGUUUGUGGAAUUUUACUAUUAGUUUUACCAUCGUUAAUGUACCCAAAGCCAACGACUCGCUCUGAGCCCCCCGCAGUAAGUAUCGCUCGGUAGAACUCCAGAAUGUCCUCAAUGUCUAGAAGUUAGCUUGUCUUUAUUACGAUAUAUAUACGUUCCCAAAAUUCUUUUAUUGCUCGCUCAACGUUCUUAAUUCUUACAGAUCACACUUCGUUAUCAUGAGAAGUUUGGCGCUUUGGGAACUUCUCGUUCUACUUUUGGUGGGAAACGGUUCUUCUGCCAAGCCUUCCUGCUCCACUCAGAAGGACAAGUUGGACAAGGUGGAGACGUCGUGCACCAACCUUGGUUUGACCGGCAUCCCUUUGGACGGCAUUCCCACCGACACGCAGAUCCUCAUCUUGAGUUUCAACUCUUUGAAGUCCGUCUCCACCUCAAGCUUCAAAAGUUUCCCGCAGCUGGUAGAGCUGGACUUAUCCAACAAUGGGAUGUCUGUCAUCGACGUUGACUUACCGUUGAAGUUGGAAGACCUGAACUUGGCCAACAACUCGUUCGACAAGCUACCGAAGCUCUCCCAGUUGAAUAGUUUGGUAAAGCUUGACCUGUCCAACAACCGGAUUGUGACUGUGCCAGACGCCGCUUUCCACGGCCUGAAGAAGCUGAAAUCAUUGUAUCUUCAGGCUAAUAAGAUCCAGGAUCUUCCCGAUAAGGUUUUCGAAGGCCUGCAGCUCCUGGAAACUCUGGAUCUAUCGUCUAAUGAACUGUGGCAGGUCCCGCAGCAUCUCAUCUACGAUUCGGUGCGGAUGGAGAAGUUUCACUUAAGCGGCAAUCGUCUCACGGAAAUUCCGGAUUUGUUUUUUGAGGGGCUGGAUAAUUUGGCUUACGUGUACCUGGACAAGAACCCGUGGAACUGUAACUGCGCUCUUGCGUAUUUCAAGGACUGGGUGGAAGAAAACGAACACAACAUCUACACCAUUGUGAGCGGAACUCCGGUCAACGACGGGAGAAGUGUCCUCUGCUCAAACAAGUUACCGCUUUUGGAUUACUCCACCGAGCACUGUAAAAGUACAGGAGACGCUGGACCGGGUGUGGCCAAAACCGAAAGGCAACCAUCAACAGAAGUGCCAACCACAUCCGCAACCACACCGGUGGAGACUACAAGCCUAGAAACCACAAAAAUGCCUACCACCGAAGUUCAGACUACAACCCUAGAAACUACAACGCUGGCAACCACCGAAGUUCCGACUACAACCCUAGAAACUACAACACUGGCAACCACCGAAGUUCCGACUACAACCCUAGAAACUACAACACUGGCAACCACCGAAGUUCAGACUACAACCCCAGAAACUACAACACAGUUGAAGACUACAAGCAAAGCAGUAAUUCCAACUACCACGGUAGAGCAUACAAGCCUAGAAACCACACAACUGACAACCACAGAGGUAGUCAGUACGCAUCAUACAACAACCCCAGAAUCAUCCACCAAGAUGACAACCUCUACACCAUCACCAACCACUACCAGAUGGACAGAGGAGACUCCAACAAGACCAGCUUCUACACUCACAGUGCCACUAACCACCACGGCCACGUCACUCUACCCAACAACACAAACUCCUGCACCAGCAGAAAUCGACGUUCCCGUAGCACCCGUGGCCAUGAAACAUUGGCGACUGUGGCUGGUGGAGACCAUCAUCAGGCACUGCUGUUUCCUUCACUUCUUGCUGUACACGCUGAUCGUUGGCGGUCUCGUCCUUCAGAUCGUGGUGUGUCUGGGGUUGCUGGUAUGGGGGUACACCUCCUACAACGUAUAUUUCCAAAUACUGACACAAAAGGCCCCCGGAGUCCGGCUGACGCGAUACAGUCAGAGAAUAUCGAGAAACGAGGACGAGAUCCUGCUGGUGCACGACGGCCACGGAGAUUCCACCUUCACAGACGGGUCGGCCGGAGAGCCGGUCCCGAUACUACUGCUAGAGGCGAGGUCCAGAGAGAACGGCAGGAGGUUCACGUCCGCUAUCUUACCGUGACGCUGUGCCAAGGUACGCCAGCUACAUGUGUAUCAGGCCCUACACCCGGACAGAAGACAAGGACCCUGUGUACUGUAUAAUACUACCGAGUACCUCCAAAAUAAAACAUGACAAACCUG